AUGCCUCUCCGCCCAGGCUACCAUGAGGGACUCACUUUUGCCCAGUUGUUGGUUGUUCCGAUAUUGAUACUCUAUUGCGUUGUUUUGAUAUUGGUCUUGACAGGAUUCAUACAAAUAUUGAAAUAUUUCAAUAGGGACUCUCAGAGAGAGCUAGAAAAUGCGAUCAAUAACUCUGCCUUAGAGGGUGUCACUAUUUUGAGGCCUAUUAAGGGGAUAGAUCCGCAAAUGGAAUGGUGUUUGGAAUCGAGCUUCAAACAAGACUAUCUCAAGAGUAAAAUCGAGAUUGUCUUUUGUGUGCAAUCCUCGACCGAUCCAGGAAUCCCAAUAAUUAGGAAACUCAUCAGCAAGUAUCCGGAGACUGAUGCAAAGCUGCUAGUGGAUAAAGACCAAGAUCAUUUGGACAAUUUUGGGCCCAAUCCGAAGGUGAACAAUUUACACAAGGGAUACAAGGCAGCCAAGUACGAUAUUAUCUGGGUGUUAGAUUCGAAUGUUUACACCUAUCCACAAACUUUGAAGAGAAGUGUGUACACUUUACAGAACAACCUCAACAAUGGAAGUGGAAUCCCCACUUUGCUUGGUUCUAAGAAGAAGGUCAAGCUGGUUACGCAUGUUCCAAUAGUUAUUUCAACAAGUAAGCAUAUGACGAACUGGGGGUCUAAAUUGGAUGAGAUGUUUAUGUCAACAUCACAUGGGAAGUUCUACGUUGCACUCAAUCGAGUACAGCCUGCGCCAUGUGUGAAUGGUAAGUCCAAUUUAUACAGAAGAUCUGAUUUGGAUUCAGCCGUUUCAAGAAUCACCAACACACACGUCGAGGAGGGAGAUGGGUUCAAACAUUUUGCCAAAUAUAUUGGUGAGGACAACAUGAUUGCAAUAGCCCUCUGGGACGGCGUUGACGGGUGUGCUGGGAUGAGCCGAGACAUUGUUUUACAGCCAAUUGGCGGCCAAAACAGUGUCCGGGACUACAUUGCCCGUCGAGUGAGAUGGUUGAGGGUACGGAAAUACAUGGUUCUUGCUGCCACCUUGAUUGAGCCUGCUACGGAGAGUCUUGUCAGUGGUGUUUUGGGCAGUUUCAGCAUCAACGUACUCCUCCACCAUAGAUACGCCAUUCUGUGGCGAUGGUUUGUCGUUCAUAUGGCUCUGUGGGCAUUCGUUGACUAUAUACAGUUUCGAGCACUCUAUAGGCUCUCCAAUGGAGUUCUCGAUGGGGAGAGACGAUUCCAUCUUCUUCGGUAUUUCACCUUUUGGACAUUAAGGGAGGUUUUGGCCCUCCCCAUUUGGGUACAGGCCAUCUGUGGGAGCCGUAUCGAUUGGAGGGGACAGCGAUUCAAGAUUCUCCCCGAUCUCUCUGCCGAGCCAAUGUGA